AGGUUAAAGGUUUUGGGUAAGACGUGGUUCCAGUUUGGAGGGAUUGUGUGUGAAUAAGAGAGAGAGAGAGAGAGAGAGACGUGUGUGUGUGUGUGUGUGUGUGUGUGUGUGUGUGUGUGUGUGUGUUUAGUGGAGUACAUCUUAACAUCUUUAAAAUCUGUAAACUAGGUUAAAGGUUUUGGGUAAGACGUGGCUCCAGUUUGGAGGGAUUGUGUGUGAAUAAGAGAGAGAGAGAGAGAGAGAGAGACGUGUGUGUAUGUGUGUGUGUGUGUGUGUGUGUGCGUGUGUGUGUGUGUGUGUGAGGGGAGGGAUGCUCAGCAGCAGCUGAAGGCAGCGUCAGAAGGCGACGACUCCACGGCUCGACUGGCUGCUCCUCCGGCAUGUAAGUUCAGUUUUUUUUCUCACUUCUCCUUUUUCAUUCUCUGACCGACUGGUUCAGGACGUUUGUGAUUAUCAUGAAGGCUCAGAAAACCUUUCCUUAUCUCAGAGAUGAGAGCUGAGACAGAGCUGUUAGUGCAGAGAUGUAUGAACUGAUUAUCCUCUGAAGUCCUUCUUUAAGCUCCGGUUUCAGCUCCUCUGCUGUCGGUCACAUAAAAACAGAAUAUUUGGAGGUUCAUGAACACAGUAAAGAUCUGAAUAUUUCAGCUUCUGCAGAUUUAUGAGUUUGAAAAACCUGUUCAGAGAAAAGUCAGUGAAUCCUUCCUGCUGAUGUUUGAUAAAGGAAGAACAGAGAGGAAGUUUUCAUCGGAGCUCAAACUUUAUUCUAAGAUGUAUUUCACUAACUGUUUAUUUCAGAAAUGAGAUUACUGACCUUCUCUCCAUUUAAAACACUAAUCUCUGAUGUUAACUCCAUGCAGGUUUGUUCUGUGGUUGUUUUCUGUUCCAGUGUUUGUCCUCUCUACAUCACAAACACACUCUGCUGCUCAGGAAAUGUCAGUUUCUAUAGUGUUGUUAUAUCUACAUGAGGUUCUUGGUUUUUAUCAUGAUCCAAUAAGAUGAAUACUUUAAAUCCUGAACUGAUCGAUAAGAUUGAACUAUCAGGUUUGUGGGUGUUUCUUUUUUAACCUCCAGCUGUUUUUCUAAACUGGAUUUUCUAGAUUUAAACAUUAAUCUUCAAGUUAAAUUCUCUCUAAAUGAUCUUUAUUUAAAUUUCCAUCCGUGUAAAUCAGUCCCUCUGAGUUAAACUAGGACAGACGCUGGUGUUCGAACCUUCACAGCAGGUCUGAGUUUUCCUGAGGAGCUUGAAUCUCAUGUGUGCUCGUCUGUUUCUAACGUCUGCAGGAUCGGUCUCAUGCAUGUGUAAAAUGUCCAGAAUUGAAGGAUGAAGAACUACUAAAAGCAGGGCUCUGCUGCACGCCUGUCUCUCUCUUUUGGCUUCACUCUGCAGGAUUUGUGUAAAAUCUCUGCGUAUGAAUUAUUGUUGGUCUGGUCAGAGUCGAAGGAUGUAAAAAAGACGAGGAGAGAAAGUGUCACCGGAUGCGACGGUGAACUUUAAGAUUCAGGAGGAAGUUCCUCUAAAUGUCGUUCCUCGUUUUGGACCAAAGGGAGCAUCCCACUCCUUUUCUCCAUGCUGUGAUUUCAUUGUUUUCUUAUGCAAAGAGGUUUCUAUUCAGGGCUGGGGGGCGGGGGGCUGCUGCAGAGGGGGGGGGGGGGGGGCACAGCUCCUAAGACGUGGCGUGGAAUCUGUGUUAGGCUUUAGAGAAAUGAAACCAGGCUAGAAGAGGCUUUGUUUUGGCCCAAUGAAUCAGUAUUCUUUUGAGGGGGAAUCUAAAGAGCUCUUUCAGGCGCUGCUCCCCCUCCCUCUCCGUCCUCUUCCUCCUCCUCCUCCUCCUCCUCCUCUUCUUCAUUGAUGGAGGACAGACUGGAGGCCUGCUGAGAGCCGGUUCUCUCCUCAUAAAAGGCUGCAGGAGGAGCGAGAAGAGCAGGAUUUGCUCUGCCAGCUGACAUGUGAAAGAGCUCCUUUGCUUUAAUGGAGGCCUGAAAGAGGAGUCUGUCAUUUCUCAGCACAAUAACAACAGAGCGCCAGAGAGGGGCUUUAUGGGUAAUUGACUCUCUUUCUCUCAGUGCACAGCCAAGAGUCCGCGCCGCAUUUCUGCUCUGAGCCGACGCUGCAGCCGCCACUGAAGCUCCGACUGAAACUCCGACUGAAACUCCGACUCCUCCAGCUCGUCUUUAUCGAUACGGAGAGAGAUCGGGAAAAUAUAUGAGAGUUUAAAUAACGUCUAACUCUGUGUGUGUGUGAGUGUGUGUGUGUGUGUGUGUGUGUGUGUGUGUGUGUGCGUGCUGAGAACAGGAACAGGUUCUGCAUACAUUAGCCUACUUUCAUAAUCCUGAUGCGGCUCCGACUACAAUAGUCCGAUUAUUUGGUUUAGUGUUCAGAGAUCUGGAGGAGAGCAGAUUUCAUUUGGACCAUCUGGCCCCAGAACACCAGACCGGGUCAGAUCCGGAUCAUGACAACUUCAACACAACAUGUUCAGAUUAGGACUAAACACUUAAACUGAGAUUUUAGACACUUUCUAGAACCUUCAAUCUGUUCAGGUUCAGGUUCAGGUGAGACCGAAGACCUGACCCUCUGUGAAACCAGAGGCCCCUGAGCUCAGAAGAACCAGGGGCCCCAAAGGUCCAACAGAACCAGGGGCCCCGAAGGUCCAACAGAAACCAGAUUCAUGGAGAUACAUGUCUGCUAAUCCCUAAUGCUCCUCUGUAGUUCCUCAGAAAAACACUGUAGUAGUUUGUUGUUUGUAGUUUGUGGUUGUUUGUAGUUUGUGGUUGUCUGUUGUUGUUUGAUGUUGUUAUUUGUUUGUAGUUGUUUCUGGUUGUUUGUUGUUGCCGUAGUUCUUUGUAGCUGUUUGUUGUUUGUUGUGUAAAGAAUCAGAGCUCAGUAAAAACAAACUGAAUUGUUUGUGUUUGUUUUGUGACUCGUUGUGUUUGUGUUUCACCUUUAGUUGGUGUUGUCAGUCUCUUUGUCGCUGUUUUGUGUCUUUCUCCCUUUCUUAUUUUUUGUCUUUGCAGCUUUCUGCCGCUCUGCUGUUUCCCUCCUGAGUUUGUGAUCAUGUUCAGUUUUCAUCUUUAUAGUUGUUUCGCUCUCAGUAAUUCAGAUUAGAUUAGAACUUUAUUGGUCCUCUGAGAAGGUUUCCUGGAAAAUGUUAAAACUUUUGUGGAUUUAAAGUGUGUUUGUGUGAUUUUUUUGCAGUAGUUUGUUUUUUGUCGGGGCAUUGUGUUUCUGUCAUUUUUGUGUCACCUUGUUGUUAUUGUUGUUGUUGGAUUGUGUUGUUGUUGUUGUUGAGGUUUGUUGCUGUUGUAGUUGAGGUUGAGGUUUUAUAAAAAUGUCACAGUAAAGUAUGAUAAAAAUCAUAGUAUAGUAUGUUAAAAAUGUCUUAUUAAAGUAUAUUAAAAAGUCACAGUAAAGUAUGAUAAAAAUGAUAUAGAAUAGAAUGUAGAAUACUAUAGUAUCGUAGGUUAAACAAGUCAUGGUUAAGGUUGUAAAAGAUCUCAUAUUUUGGUAUAAAAAACAUAUUUAAGUAUAAAAAAAGAGUCUCGGUAGUUUGUUACAAAAUUCAUCUUCUAAUGUGAAAAAAAUAUAUUUUAGUAUGGUAUAGUAUGUUAGAAAAAUGUCACAGUAUAGUAUGAUAAAAAUGUCAUAGUAUAGGAUGGUAAAUAAAUUUCAUAGUUUAGUAUGAUGUAAAAUUUCAUAGAAUAGUUUGUUAAAAAUUUCAAAGUAUAGUAUGUAAAAGAAUGUCAUAAUGUGUUGUAUGAUAGUAAAGUGUGUAAAAAAUAUCAUAGUAUAGUUUUAUAAAAAAUGUAAAAGUAUAGUAUGUAAAAAAAUAAUUGUAUAGUAUGUUAGAAAAAUCAAAGUAUAGCAUGAAUCACAAAGCCUUAUCUUAUGUUAAAAAUAUAGUUUUAUAUGAGAAAAAUAUCAUAUUUAGUGUCUACAAAAAAAUUCACAUUUGAGUUCAAAAAAUAAAUGUCAUAGUAUAGUAUGAUAAACCAUUAAAAUUUCUCUUAUAGUGUGUAAAAAAUUAUAUUUUAUGAUGAAAAAUAAUGUCAGAGUGUAGUAUGAUAAAAAAGGUCAUAGUAUAGUUUGUCAAAAUACCAUAGUCUAGUGCAAUAAAAAAUAUCAUGGUAUAUUAUGUAAAAAAUCAUAGUAUAGUAUGAUUAAAAAAAAGUCAUAGUAUUGUAUGUUUAAAAUGUCAAAGUAUAGUAUGUAAAAAAUAUCACAGUAUGUAUGAUAACAAAUGUUGUAGAAUAGUAUGCGAAAAAAAUAUCAUAGCAUAGAAUGUUAAAAUACCACAGUCCAGUACGAAAAAAAUGUCAAAGUAAAGUACAUUUAAAAUUUCUCUUAUAGUGUGUAAGAAUAUAUAUUUUAUGAUGAAAAAUAAUGUCAAAGUAUAGUAUGAUAAAAAUGUAAUAUUUUAAUGUCUAUGAAUAAUUUAUAUUUGAGUAUGAAAGAUAAAUGUCAUUGAAUAGUAUGUUAAAAAAAAUAUAGAAUGGGUUUGAUAGAAAACAGAUUUUUGUAUGAUUAAACAUGUCAUGGUAUAGUAAUAAAAAAAUUCUUAUUUAAGUGUGAAUAAUUAUAUUUUUGUAGUAAAAAAGGUAUCGUUAAGCAUGAAAAUAAAGUUAUUAUAUAGAAUGAUAAAAAUGUUAAAAAUUUCAUAUUUAGGUUUGGAAAAAAAUAAUCAUAUAGUUUUAAAAAAAUGCCAUUUUAUCGUUUGUUAAAAACCCAAAACUUUAAAAAAUAAUUUUUGAAAAAAAUGUCAGAGUAUAGUAUGUUAAAAAUUCAAUUUUUUUAAUGUGAAAAAAUCAUAUUUUUGAGUAUAACAAAAAUUCACAUAGUAUAGAAUGAUAAAAUUUGUCAAUAUAGGAUGAUGAAAAGUUUGAUUUUAGUGUGGAAAAUUUUUUUAUAUUUUAUUUAUAAAAAAUGCCAAAGUAUAGUACGUUAAAAAAUGUCAUAGUUGAGUGGAAAAAAAUCAAAUUUUAGCAUAAAAAAAAGGUUAAAAAAUAUUAUAGUAUAGUGUGUUAAAAAAUGCAAAAAAACCAAACAAAACAAAACAUCUUAGUUUGUUAUGGUAAAAAUGUCAUAUUAUAUAGCAUGUUCCUGUAAUUUCAGUAGAGCUCUCGCCCGCCGCUCGCAGCAUUGGCUCCGCCCCUCAUAAAAAGUCUAAAUCUCUCAGUGCAGGUAACAACAUUUAAAACACCCUCAGUGUUUUUUUACCUCAGUGUUGGCACAGAGAUGGAGACGCGGCAUCGUGGCUGAUCUACGUUCACUUCCUGUUUUUGUUAUGACCACAGUGUCCACGGGAUUAUCCUGAAUAAUAAUAAUAAUAAUAAUAACUAGAAAAUGCAAUUUCUGAAGAAAUUGCGAGUGGGAUUGCUUCAGUUGAAAUUGCUAGCGCUACGCUGCUAUUGCGAGUGGCUGAAUUUUAAAAUAUGUGAAAGGUCAAAAGGUAUGAAGUAUCAGGAAGAUUUGAAUCAGUUUGAAUAAACUCUGUUGAAUGAAUUGAAUAAUGCAUGAAUAAUAAUUUUAAAAAUUCAACAUGUGAAAAUUAAAAUGAUUAAAAACCCUGAAGUAUGGGAAAGGCUUGAAGAAUCAAUAAGGUUUGAAUCAGUUCAAAUGAGUUGGAAUUUGUUUGAAAGAACUGAAUAAUGUAUUAAGAGUAAAAAAUAUUUAAAACUGGAAAAUUAAAAGGUUACAAAUCUGGAAGAAAAAGAGGUUUGAAGAAUCAAAACGGUUUAAAUCAGUUUGAAGAACUAAAUUAUGCAUUUUCAAUGAAUGAUUGAAAAAUGGGGACAAUGUAAAUGAAUAAAAAUCCUGAUUAGACCCCAUAAAGUUUUAAAUGUUACCCCCCGUACUCUGUGUACUGAGCCUGGCUUCAUGUGUCUCAUAUGGCUGUUAGAAGCAGCUUUCCAGCCAGCUGUGUGUCUCCAGGUGUUCCCUUUGGUUGCCAUGGUGACGAUAGAUGCUUAACAACAGCAGGAGAAAGGAGGCUUGAGGCUGAGAACGUAAUGCCCAAACAACGUCAUAUUUCUCAUCCUCUGUAACUGCUGUCUUCAUGAUCAGGAGCUUGUGAGAACCACAAGGCCCGGCUGAACACGUUGAUACAACUUCUGUGUUUGUGGAGCCAAAAAUGCCUUCGCUACGACAAAUUAAAAACAUGUCCAGUUUGUGUUUCCUCUGAAAAUCCUCCUCUCAGGUUUACAUUGGAGUCAAUGGAGAAAGCUGGGGGAUGUCUGUGGCAGUUGGUGUCUGCCCAGGCCACUGUUUGUGUCCUACAGCUUUGAUUUUUUGGAUGAAGAGUGACAACGAGUUUUGCCAUCACUGUACCAAAUUUUAUCUGUGUAGAGCGAAGUGAGUUGCCACAAUCCUUUUGUAAAGACAAAGUUUUGAGGAUCAAUUUUCUGCCUGUCUCACUCUAGCUGUGAGGUCACCCACUCUAGCGGCCAACAUUCCGUGCAAUACACACUAAUGUUAAAACCUGAACCGGUCAGAAAAUCUUUGGACUUUUUGAACUGUCACUGUGAGAAAAGUAUGAAUGCCAUGAAGAUGGUGAAUGAAUGAGUGAAUGUCUGAAGAUGUGUGAAUAUUUUAAAGUUUGAAUGAAGUUUCUAGGUGAAAGUAUGAAUGAAUGAGAAGAGGUUGAAGUUGAGUACGUCUGAAGCCCUUUUCCCAUUGAAUCCCAUUAUAACGAAGUUUUAAACAAAUCUUAAUAUUUUGAAAAGUACAAAUGGGAUUAAAAAUGUUGAAGAUGUGGAAUAAUGCUGACGAAUUUGUGAAUAUUUUGGUUUUUGAAUGAAGUUUCUACGUGGAAGUAUAGAGGAGUUGAAGGCUUUUGAAGUUGUGUGAAGAAAAUGUGAGAAAAGGGACAAUUUGAACAUUCCGUAAUGCAUUUCCAAUGGGAGAAAUCGGUCGGAAAACCUGGAAUAUCUCGGAAAGUAUGAAUGUUAGGAAAUUUUUGAAUACAAGCCGGAAUCUCCUGAAUGAGAUGAAUCUUUUGAAGUUUGAAUGGUUUGAAUACGUUGAAGUAUGUGGAAGGAGUAGCGGUCCAAAAAACGGUGGAAUAAUAAUAAUAUGAACUAGAAAAAUUGCAUUUCCUUGCAGAAAAUGCGUGGAAAUGCUGAGUGCUGAAAGCUGAAAAAGCAAUGCAAAACUGCCAAUAAAAAAUGGAGGAAGGUAUAAACGGAAAAACUGUAGAAAAGGUGGAGUAGAAGAAGAAGAAAUUGUAUCAAUGGAAGAAUUGUAGUAUAGCUGGAGGUAAAUUAGUUGGAUUAAUGUACAAAUUGUCUGAUAGCCUAAGUGAAAAAUGUAUAUGAUUGAUGUGAAUAAACAGAACUGAUAUGGAUAAUUGAAUUUGAAAAACAAAUGCCUUUAAACAAUGUGUAACAAUGUUCCUAUUAAAUGUACAAAUAGUAAAACUGAUUUUUGCAGUCUGCAGCAUCCAACCAUAGUAACUUGAGAAUGCAGAACAGCACCAUCUAUUGCCCUGCUUCAGUUACUGCCCUACAUCUGAAUGCAGAAAGUAUGAAACAGCUGAAGUUAAAUUAAUUGUAUAAAUGUAGAAAGUAUAGAAAAGAAAAGCAGAAGUAGAAGAAAAAGAAGAAGUUAGUAUGUUAAAAGAGUUAAAGACAAGAACUGUAACAACAAAGUUCAUAUUGGGGCUGUAUUUUCUACUGACAGAGUGACAGUAAUGCACACAUGGAAACAGUGUGUGUGUGUGUGUGUGUGCCCGCGCGCGCGCGCGGCCGAGCCCGUGCGUGUGCAUAUGCGUGUGUGAUCGAAGCACACAGCCCAUGACAAGUGCAGAAUCUGACAGAGACAGUAAGAGAGAAAGAGAGACAUUAAUGCACUCAUGGAAACAGUGUGUGUGUAUGUGUGUGUGCCCGCGCGCGCACGAGCGGCCAAGUCCGUGCGUGUGCGAUCGAAGCACACAGCCCAUGACAAGUGCAGAAUCUGACAGAGAGACAGUAAGAGAGAAAGACAGACAGUAAUGCAGUCAUGGAAACAGUGUGUGUGUGUGUGUGUGUGCCCGCGCGCGCGCGCGCGGCCGAGCCCGUGCGUGUGCAUGUGCGUGUGUGAUCGAAGCACACAGCCCAUGACAAGUGCAGAAUCUGACAGAGAGACAGUAAGAGAGAAAGACAGACAGUAAUGCAGUCAUGGAAACAGUGUGUGUGUAUGUGUGUGUGCCCGCGCGCGCACGAGCGGCCAAGUCCGUGCGUGUGCAUGUGCGUGUGCGAUCGAAGCACACAGCCCAUGACAAGUGCAGAAUCUCUGGCUCUGAAGGAAUGUACUCACCUCCUGGGCAAGCUGUACAAUUUCAUGACUUCAGACCGAUUUUGUGAGAAGCAGGACGAGUGUACCUCCAUUUUGAUGUGUUUUUUAUGGCUGUGGAGUGAAAAUUGCGGCCGCAGCAGCAAAAUAAUCAUGCUUGGUCUAGUGAAUCCAAAAGGCCCCGCCCGCAUCGAGUGAUGACGUCAGACGCUGUAGCGUGAGUCAGGCUGAAAAAGGCAGACAACUUCAUGUUGCUCCAAGCGAAAUUGUGCAAAAACGGUAGGAAAUAGCAAAAAGGAGUGAAUACAACAUUUGUAGCAGACACGUUGCUGAACAUUUUAAAGCAAAAAUGAGGUCUGUAGGUGAAAGUAUGCAGAAGUUAUAAGGGUGAGAAGGUGUUAUAGCUGUAUCUCCAUUCAUUUGUAAUGGAACAAAUUUUUGCAGAAAAAGUGAAAUAUUGCAAAAAGUAUAAAUGGUAGAAAGGUGAAAAGUAAUAGCCGUAAUGUCCUGAAGGAGUGCAUUAGUAUAAAGUUUGAAUGGUGAAAAUAGCACAAAGUGGUAAGGAGUUGAAAAGGGCCAAAAAAGGUACGGAAGAAUAAUAAUAAUAAUAAAGAAAUAGUAGAAUAACAAUAAGUGGAAAUGCUGUGUCAGCAUUUCCACUUAAUAAUAAAGAUAUGAAUAACAUAUAGUGGGAAUGCUUCGCAAUCCCACUCAAUUAUUAUUAUUAUUAUUAUCCUGAUAUCUAUCCACACCUUAAGACCUUCAUGUGUCUGUCUCUGCAGGAUGCAAGGUUUGUUCUCAGUGACGCUGCUGCUCCUCCUGGCCCUGACGCUCACCAGCGAGGCCAACAAAAGACCCAGAGGUCAUAAAGGUGAGGUCAAAUAAUCCCACUAACUCCUGAGGUCGACAAGAUGUCAAACGUAGAGCCUCAUAAAGCCUUUAAAGAUAUUAAAACUAUCGAAGAUUUUCACCUUUUCUGCAGGAUGAGACAAAGUUCUCUUUAAAGAAGAUCAUCUCCCUUCUUCUAAAACAGGAUUUGAUCUUUUUUUUCCUCAGUUUUAAAUUCUUCUGGAGUUUUUUCCAGUUGAGGUAAAAAUAUGAAUAAAUCCCACAGGUGUCAGGUCUCAGCAGAAAAACUGACUCUGAGUCUGGAGGUGUUUUAGUUCGAGAGAGUCUGAUGUGAAACACUGAGACCUUCGAACCCUCCUCUGUCUCCUCGUUUACACCUGAGUUUGACCAAUCAAGCCGAUCAGGAUCCACUGUCAAACUCUUAGGCCCCGCCCACUCGUUUAAUGAUAUUUAAAGACGAAGGUCCGCUGUCCUCCUCAGGUGGGAAACAUGAGAAGUCCCGGCCCGUCUCCGAGUGCUCCCCUGCAGAGACUCAGUACGGGAAAUGUGUCCCAGAACAGGGAGACUGUGGAGAGGGUCUGAGGGAGGCCACGUGCAAAGACCGGACCGACAAGAUCCACUGCAAGAUCCCCUGCAACUGGAAGAAGGACAUCAGUAAGACCCCGACACCCUGAACCAGAACCACAAACAUGUCUUUACUCCUGCAACACUCACCAUGACCACUAGGGGGCAGCACCCUGACAGUAGACCUGAAUGUGGAUUAUUUAAGAGUAACUGUUUAAAGUUUCCUGAACUUCCUGUUUUUGACCCUCAGGUGACUGUAAGUACAAGUUCGGCCCGUGGGGAUCCUGCGACGCCGCCACCAACACCAAGAGCCGGUCAGGGACCCUGAAGCGAGCGCUGUUCAACGCCGAGUGCCAGACCACCGUCAAGGUGUCCAAACCCUGUUCCCCCAAAGUGAAGAAGACCAGAGGUGAGACCCAAAGAACCGAGACCCUAAUGAGGGUCCUGAUAGUACAGAGACGUGAGUCCUGAAGAGACGCAGACUGAGCAGGUUUUGGUUCUGGAGUCUGGAUCCCCUCUGAGGUGGAACCUGGUUUUACAGAACCGAACAACCCAAAAACACGUGCACACGUCACCCUGACAGAGGAAGCUCCGCCUCCACAGCGCCACAGUCACCUUCUUCUUUUUUCUGUAUUUGCAGCUUUUGUCUUCUUUAUGUUUUGAAGGUCGUUUGCUGUUUUCUCCUCUGCGUCUCCUCACGUCAGAAACAGAACAGUGACAUGAAAAGCUGCACAUGAACAUCUGAAGAUGGUUUCAAAGUGUGACGACAGAAAAUUAAAUAACAGGAUUUUUUUAUUGUUCACCAUUAAAACUGUGUUUUAACUGUUACUAAAGCUGAGUUUACCACCACAAAUUUAAAUCCAAAAACACAAAAGUCUUUAAACGUCUUUUUUCAUCAGACCUCUCCAAAUUGGCUCAGCCUGCAGUUCUCUGAUUCUCCACUAGAGGGCAGAACAGCCGUUUCAGGACCUCUGAACUGUAUUAUUCGCUCUUUUAUCGUCACAGAGGAACAAGAUUUCAGUUCAUGUUAAAAUCAUUUGAAACAGUUUCAGCAGACUUAAAAUCAGACAUUUUAAUUUAAGAGAACUGAACAAGUCGCUGUUUUUUCGUCAGAAUGUCGAUCAAGUUUAAUUAAUCAAAACGACUCGUCAGGUGAAUUUUUAUUUUGAACUAAAUAUAAAAACAGAAAAAAAUAUGUUUGAGUUUUUUUCAUCCUCAUUUUUUUAGGAAUUAAAAAACUUUAAAAACGCAAUUUUUUUUAUUUUAUCCUUUUUUUUUUAUUUCACCACAAAAACAAUAAGGAUGAGGAAAGGCACUUAUACAUACAUAUAUUAUAUUAUAUUAUAUUAUAUUAUAUUAUAUUAUAUUAUAUCUGUAAAAGACCUUUUUCAAAAUAAAAGCCUCAGGAGUAUAUUUUUGACCUUUUAUUUCACUUUAAACUUCCUCUCUUUAACGUCCCUGUUUCUCUCCAAGGUCUGAUCUUCUGCAGAAAUCUGAACGUUUCAUUAAAUCACCACAUUUCUCUCUUUUUUUCUCCUCCAGGGGAAAAGAAGACAAACUGAAGGAGGGAGUGAGGAGGCGCAGAGGACGGCAGGAUUUCUCCUCCUCCUCCUCCUCCAGCCGAUCAUCUCCUCCUUCAUCAGCAAACACAAAAACCGAGAGACUCCUCCAAAACACACCAACCACUCUGAUUUCUCUGUUUCUGUGACUUGGUGUUCUUGUGUUCACGUGUGGACAGCUUUUCCUCCUGCUAGUUAACGCUGAAGUAACGCUCCUCCUCCUACUCCUCCUCCUCCUCCUCCUCCUCCUGUAGCUCCUAGUUUAACAGAAAGUUUGAGUUAGUCUUAAAAGCUUUUACUGUAGUUCAAACUGAAUUAACCUGCAGAAACUCUCCUGACUGUCUGGAUGUUUUUCCAUCUUUAAAUAUAUAUAUAUAAAAAAAAACAAAAGAAACAUUAACAGACGUGGACGGAGGAUCAGGAUUGUCUAUAAAAUCUAUUUUUGGAAAUGUAGGUUAUUGACUUCACAGGAUGGUUCUUGUAUAAAUGAACAGAUUAAAGACUGUACAUUGUUUUGCUGAGGA